AACAUCAAACAAGUGGGAUGGAAAGUAACCUGAUUUUACAAUACUUUGAGCUUAGCGACAGAGGGAAGAGACCAAAGUUAAUUUAAUAUACAAGCAGAUCAAGCCUCAUGAACCAAGUUUAAUUCAAAAAUGCUCCGAGCUAGUAUUGGAUUGAAUCAUGGCGAAGUCAGUGGUCCUCGGCACCGGGAAUUCCACUGCAACUUCCCACUGAUCACUCCCUCCCAACAGUUUCUCUCCCCAUUACUACCUCCAAAGAAAUCCACCACUAGAGCUCAUCCUCUAGUUUUACCCACAUGAACUAUUGGAUUGCAACUGCUCUGAAAGUUCCCCCUCUUCGUUUACUUGUUUCACUCACCAGAUGGCCUGUGCAAGAAGAAUCUCCUCCCUUUAAUGCAUCAACAGUUCCCACAGUGCUGUGGGUGGGCUAGAGGCUCCAAAGGUUGGCCUCUAUAAGCUCUAAUAUUUUAGGACAACCUUGAAUGUUCUUUUCCUCUCUUUUGACCCUUCCUUUGUUUGUAGCCCUCGUUUGUCUUUCUUAAGAUUCUGCACGCUAAAGAGACCCAAAGCAUUGAGAUCGAAAGACCUACGUAUUCCUUUGAGAGCCAUCGAAUCGCUUGGUAGGACCAGAACAAACGCGUAAAUCCCGACCUACAACCCAUACAUUAGUAAGGAGUCCGACAACGGGAAGAUGACUGCUAACUUUUCUCUAACCCAUUGUUUUCUAGAGAAGAGAGAGUGGGAAGGAGGAAAAAAAUGGGAAACUGCGUGUUCAGAGGUUUUGGAGAGAGAAGUGGAUUGAUGAUAAAGGUGGUAACGUGCAACGGCGGCAUGAUGGAGCUCUAUCCUCCGGUCACCGUGGAGUGCAUCACCAAUGGGUUUCCAGGCCACGGCAUCUUUCGGAGCCGCGACCUCUUCUCCAAGCCGCUUCUUCACAACGAAGAGCUCGUCGGAGGAGAACUGUACUAUCUCCGCCCCCUCAAAGACUGCCACAAGGGCCUCCCCUCGCUCGUCGCCGCUCCUUAUCGCGUGUCCUUCGACCACCAUGGGUUCUGGAGAAGGCAAGACAUGGAGAUGGCGCCCAAGUUUCAUGCCAAUGGUGGCAAUGGAGGUGGGGUUGGAGGAAUGUGGAAGGUGAAGCUAGUGAUAAGCCCAGCCCAGCUCAGUGAGAUCCUGUCUCACGAGUCACGCACGGAGGCAUUGAUAGAAAGCAUGAGGACGGUGGCCAAGUGUGGCAGUGGCGCGACAUCAGUCGCAGGCUCGGAUCAGUGGAGCUUGGCUAGCAGUUGGAAGGCUGCCAUGGAUUAGUAGGCAGAAGAAAGAUUUUUUUUUUUUUUCCUUAGGCUUGUGCUACUAAUAAAGUACCUAGAAGUUAAUGUUCAUAUUCCGACUGUUUUCCUUUCUUUCAUGUGAAAGAAACUUUUCUUUUGCUUUUUCCCCUUUUUCUUUUGUGGGGUUGUCGUUGGUAUCAUGGGUGCAAGUAUAGCUGUCCCUUUUAAUUAUGUUUUCCUCUUUCCUUUUUGUUUUCCUCUUUCUUUUCCUUGGGAAGAAGAAUGGAAACGUAGAGACUGACGAAGGCAUCAUAGAA